GUUGAACAUCAGUGACCGUCUGGAUUGGACGCGCGAUGGUAGAGCGACAAAGUUCUUGCCUGGAUUAGAUCGGCUUCAUUAAAAAUGGUCACCUCGGAGGAGACCGAGGACCACCGUAAACCCCAGAGCCCCACGCUGGAAAACGGCGCAGAUGGGGACACGAUGGACUGUAAAAAGUCCCCCAGUAAAUUAUAUGGAAACAAUAAGGAAAGCACCGCGAAAAGUGGAAAUUACAAGAGCUGCAAGGACAACGUGACCAGGGUGGUGGUGGUCGGCCUAACACCGGAACGCCGAAGGGAAACCUGGAACAAGAAGGUGGAAUUCCUGUUGGCUGUAGUAGGGUUUGCAGUUGAUCUAGGAAACGUAUGGAGGUUCCCGUAUAUCUGCUACGAAAACGGCGGCGGUGCCUUCCUCAUCCCCUACACGAUAAUGCUGAUCUUCGGGGGGCUUCCCUUAUUUUACAUGGAACUGGCCCUGGGACAGUUCCAUAGGAGCGGAUGCCUGACCAUCUGGAAGAGGAUCUGUCCGGCCCUUAAAGGAGUCGGCUACGCCAUCUGCUUCAUCGACAUCUACAUGGGAAUGUACUACAACACGAUCAUCGGGUGGGCGGUUUACUACCUGGUGGCCAGCUUCACCAGCGAGCUGCCCUGGACCAAGUGCAACAACGAAUGGAACACCAUCUAUUGCCAACCGGUGACCGCGUCUUCUCUACGACCGAACUUCACCACCACCACCCCUGCCAAGGAGUUCUUCGAGAGGGAGGUCUUGGAGCAGUACAAGUCCGACGGGUUGAACAGGAUGGGCCCCAUAAAGCCCGCGCUGGCCCUCUGCGUCUUCUCCGUCUUCAUUCUGGUCUAUUUUUCCUUGUGGAAAGGGGUGAAGAGCACCGGGAAGGCCGUAUGGGUGACUGCCCUGGCUCCCUACGUUGUCCUGAUCAUCCUGCUUGCCAGAGGGGUCACCCUACCGGGGGCCAUGGACGGGAUCCGUUACUACCUCACACCGGAGUGGCACAAGCUCUACAACACCAAGGUGUGGAUAGACGCGGCCUCACAGAUAUUCUUCUCUUUAGGCCCUGGAUUCGGCACUUUAUUGGCCCUUUCCAGUUACAACAAGUUCAACAACAACUGCUACAGGGACGCGGUGAUCACCAGCACCAUCAACUGCCUCACCAGCUUCUUGGCCGGGUUCGUAAUCUUCUCGGUGCUCGGUUAUAUGGCUCACGUGCAACACAAGAGCAUCGAGCAAGUGGGGCUGGAGGGUCCAGGCUUGGUGUUUAUCGUGUAUCCAGAGGCUAUAGCCACCAUGGGAGGCUCGGUCUUCUGGUCGGUGAUUUUCUUUUUGAUGUUGAUCACUUUGGGGUUGGACAGUACGUUCGGGGGGCUGGAGGCUAUGAUUACUGCCUUAUGCGAUGAGUACCCCAAGACCUUGGGGAGGCACAGGGAGAUGUUCGUGGCCGUGUUGCUCUUGGGGAUCUACAUUUGCGCUCUGCCCACUACUACUUACGGUGGAGUCUACUUGGUGAACAUGCUGAACAUCUACGGUCCAGGCCUGGCGAUUCUGUUCGUGGUAUUCGUGGAGGCGGCUGGGGUCUGUUGGAUCUACGGCACCGAGAACUUCGCCAGGGAUAUAGAGAAAAUGAUCGGGUAUAGGCCGGGAAUAUUCUGGAGGAUAUGCUGGAAGUACAUCAGUCCGGUGUUUUUAUUGAUUAUUUUCGUGUGUUCGCUGCUGAAUCAUGAGGAUAUGCUGGGGAAGGAGUACAAUUAUCCGGACUGGAGUAUACACGUGGGGUACGUCCUCACCGGGUCCUCCAUCAUUUGCAUCCCGCUGUAUAUUUUGUAUAAAUUCGCCAUCACCCCGGGGAGUCUCUUGCAGCGUUGGAGGAUGAUCUGGCAGGCGGAACAUUCUUCAGACAACUCUUUGACUUACUGCGGUGGUACCGAGGUCUGACCUGAAUCAACCGGGAUUGUCAGGUCGUACACUAUCGAAUGGUUAGUCUAAAUUACCGAUCAGCUUAAAGGAACUCUUAUUGGCUCCUUUGUGACAUGCGUUUUCAACCUGCACUUCGAAAAUGCAUGUCACAAACGAUACUAAUCUGUGAUCUUUUGUACUUUUUAAUAUGUAAACGGGGUUUUUGGAAUUUUUAUGUCUUCGGUUCCAAAAGGUCCGUACGUUAGUGGGAGAAAUUGUAAAAUUUGUUGGUAGAUGUGUAGAAAUAAUUGUGAAUUUUAUAAAUAUGAGAUUAUAUACAGGGUGAUGAUUGUGGACAAAUUGUAGAUACCCAGGGGGAGUUGCUCUGGUGACAGCCAGGGCCGGAGUAACUCAUUUGGCCUAUAAUAGACCUUCUAACUAAUGUUAAUUUACCCUGUUUCCAAAAGGGGGGGGCAAAUAUAUAACUAAUGUAAUAAUCAUAGUUGCUUAGUACGUACGAAAACAAGCUUGUAACAUUGUAUACGUUUGCUGUAUUGUGACAAAUAAUAUUUUAUUAGACGUGAUAUUUUCCUCAGUGUACGCACAAUAAUCAAAACAGGGGUGUACCAUUCAGCCAUAUGGUACACUCAAAGAAAAAUUAAUUUUUCAUUAGGCCUCACCUUAAGUCCCUUACAGCCAUAAAGGGAUUU